AUGCUUCGCACACCACGGCUACGGAUCCCUCUCGGUCGCGCUUUCCAAGCGCAAGCGCCGCACCGCCGCUUUACGAAGGGAGCUCAGUCCAUUCCAGCUAGCAUUGGUGCUGCGGGAUACGCUGCGACUGCUAGUGCGAUUGCUGUGAUUGCCGCUUGGUGGUCGAUAGGUACACCCGAUCUUCCGCCACUGCUGGAGAGCCGACCAGGCCAACACCUCGUCGUCGAGUCCGAUCCCUCGAAAGCCGAAGUGACCCGGAUACUUUCGCAAGAGGCGUAUUCUUUUAAUGUCAGACACACCGCCGGUAUCGAGAGAUAUGACGGUGCUCGGCUAGCUUCUAACAGCCCGUGUGAAGACCGCUUCACCCACGGCCUUGUCUCACCCUGGCACAACGGCAGUCCAUGGGUUGCACUGGCUCUUUUCGACGGGCAUGCAGGCUGGCAGACAGCCGACUUUCUGGAGAAGAAACUGAUACCCUCGGUGCGACACGGCCUAAGUCAGAUCAAGCCACCUUCAGGCGGAGAAAUUACGCCCGAACGAACACUCCAUGGUGCCAUCAUGAAAGCGUUUGUUGAUCUUGACAAUUCGAUCAUCAAGACAGCUGAAGAUGCCGCUGAGAGCGAUCAGCCUCUGCAAGAAAAGGUGCGGAGAUUUGCCCCUGCCUUUGCUGGCUCAUGUGCGCUGUUGUCACUGUACGACCCCAUGACCAGCAGACUGCAUGUGGCUUGUACCGGCGACUCACGAGCGGUUCUUGGACGACAGAGCCCAGACGGCAAGUGGGAAGCGAUUCCGCUAUCUACCGAUCAGACUGGCAGCAAUGUGGCGGAAGUUGCAAGGUUGAACACGGAGCACCCGAGCGAAGAAGGCCUAGCUCAAGACGGCCGGGUUCUAGGGCUUGCAGUUUCACGGGCCUUCGGUGACGGGAGAUGGAAGUGGCCAUCGGAAGCAACAAAGGGCUUUAGCAGGAGAUUCUGCGGCCCCGGCGCCCUACCACCAAAAUAUAACAUCCAGACACCACCGUAUAUAACUGCCGAGCCGGUUGUGACGACAACCACGAUUAAGUCGGGCGGGCCUUCCUUUCUGAUCCUGGCGACGGAUGGUUUGUGGAAUCGCUUGUCGAACCAGCAAGCUGUUGACCUCGUGGCAGCAUGGCUGGAUUCCGGAUCCCCAAGGGAGGACAUGGAAUCCAGCAAAUCGGAGCCAACAUCAUACGCACCGUUCGACUUUGGUGAUUUCCGGAAAGGAGUGAGCCCGGACUUCGUCGAUGAAAGGACAACUAUCCAAGACGAUAAUGCUGCCGUCCAUUUGAUGCGGAACUCCCUUGGGGGGAACCAUUCCGAGUUGAUAGCUGGAAGGCUUGCUCUCACCCCUCCCUACUCCCGGAACCGGAGAGAUGAUAUAACGAUCCAGGUGGUCUUCUUCAAUAAUACCAUAGCUCAGGCAAAUAAAUAG